ACUGACGGAUGCACUUAUGGGCUGCACUGACAGAUCCACUAAUGGUUACACUGAUAGGCUGCACUGACAGGUCUACUGAUGGCUGCACUGCAAAAUCCACUGAUAGGCUGCACUGCCAGGUCCACUAAUGGCUGCAUUGACAGAUUCACUGAUGGGUCCACUAAUGGCUGCACUGCCAGGUCCAGUGAUGGCUGCACUGACAGAUCCUCUGAUGGGCUAAUCUGACAGAUCCACUGAUGGCUCAGUCAGGUACUCUUUAUUAGAGGCAAUGUGGUGCACAGAUCGGGAGGCGCGCACAUGCAGCAC